UUUUUUGGCAGAAUUCUUAAUUCUCUCUCUAUCACCACUCUUUCUCUCUCUCUCCCCCUCAUCUCUCGCCGGAGGAAUCAUCCACAACGAUGGCCACCGACACCCAAAUCCGAAUCGGCGUAAUGGGUUGCGCCGAAAUCGCUAGAAAAGUCUCUCGUGCCAUCCACCUCGCUCCAAACGCCACAAUCGUCGCCGUCGCGAGUCGCUCUUUAGAAAAGGCCAAAUCUUUCGCUUCCUCCAAUGGCUACCCUGAAUCGACCAAAAUCCACGGGUCCUACGAAUCGAUCCUCGAAGAUCCAGAGGUCGAUGCUCUCUACGUUCCUCUACCCACUAGCCUCCACGUCGAGUGGGCUAUACGCGCCGCCGAGAAAGGGAAACACAUACUUUUGGAGAAACCUGUCGCGAUGAAUGUCGCUGAGUUUGAUAAAAUUGUCGCUGCUUGUGAAGCUAAUGGUGUUCAGAUUAUGGAUGGUACAAUGUGGGUUCAUAAUCCUAGAACGGCUAAGCUUAAGGAGUUUCUCUCUGAUUCAGACCGUUUUGGUCAGCUCAAAACCGUACAGAGUUGCUUCUCAUUUGCUGGAGACGAAGACUUCCUCAAAAACGACAUCCGUGUGAAACCGGGUCUUGAUGGGCUCGGUGCUCUUGGAGACGCAGGAUGGUACACAAUCCGAGCAACUCUUUUAGCCAACAACUUCGAGCUUCCCAAAACCGUCACUGCUUUCACCGGAGCUGUCUUAAACGAGUCAGGAGUGAUUCUCUCCUGUGGAGCUUCUCUGAGUUGGGAAGACGGACGGACUGCAACCAUAUACUGCUCUUUCUUGGCAAACCUAACAAUGGAGAUAAUCGCCAUUGGAACCAAAGGAACACUUAAAGUUCACGACUUUAUCAUCCCGUUUAAGGAGACCGAGGCAUCGUUCACCACGAGCACUAAAUCUUGGUUCAACGAGCUUGUGACCGAGUGGGUUAAUCCCCCGAGUGAAAACACGGUUAAGACAGAGCUUCCACAAGAGGCGUGUAUGGUGAGAGAGUUUGCUCGAUUGGUUGGAGAAAUCAAGAACAAUGGUGCAAAGCCUGAUGGGUUUUGGCCGAGUAUUAGCAGGAAGACACAGCUUGUGGUUGAUGCUGUUAAAGAGUCUAUUGAUAAAAAUUAUGAACAGAUUAGUCUCUCUGGUCGUUGAAGGAAAGUGGGCUCAAAUUAGUAAUGUUAUCAUGAGUUCUCUCAUCUCUCUUUUUUUCAAACUUUGAUCAACCGUUAUGUUAUCUGUAUGCUCGGUCUUUUGUUGUGUCUGUCUGUAUCAGUAUGUUUGUAAUGUAUAUUGUUUGUUACUAGGUACUCAUAAUGAUUUUUUUCUGUUCUUUUACUCGCAUGGAUAUUGUUUCGGGUUUUUU